AUGGCGAUCUGUACUUAUAACGCACGUACGCUUGCAUCGGAAGCGGCCAUCGAAGAUCUGAUGAUGCAAGCCAAGAAGAUCAAGUACGACGUCAUCGGACUGACCGAGACGAGACGACGUCACCCUUUCAACGCCGUGUAUGAAACUGGAGAACUGUUCUUAGGAACAUGCGACAGUAGAGGUGUUGGUGGAGUUGGCGUCCUCGUCAACACGAGUAUGGCAAAGAACAUCGACUCUUUUGAACAACUUACGACCCGAAUCGGACGUCUGCGUAUGAGAAGAUGUAGCCCAAUACCAGCUUUGACUAUCUUUGUCGCUUACGCUCCAACAUCAAGCUACGAAGAAGAAGAAGUCGAAGCUUUCUAUAUGGACCUGGAGAAGUUCUACUGA